AUGGAGGGUUUGCAGAAGUUGAUUGGCAAAGUCUCAAAAGACCCACCAAAAUUGGGCAACUCUUCGUCUUCGUCCUCGUCUUCAUUUGACAGUCACCGUGCCGGUGAAGGUCUCGCUGCCGCUUUGUCUUCUUCUGAUCAGUGUCGUAUUCUAUUCAACAGACCUGCCAGGGAUUUAUUUGCAACCAACAAAUGUGCUCUCGAAAUGGAGAAAUGGGAUUUUCCCAAAAUUGGUUUGGUGUUUUUGAAGCUGUGA